UCAUUAUUUUAGCUAAAUGAUUUCUUUAAGAAAAGCCUUACAAACUGAUGUUUUCACAGCACAAGAUGAAAGAUUACUGUAUGCGCUUCAUGUAUCUAGGAUUAGUAAACGCAAAAAGCAUGCCCUUUUGUGUAUAUCAGCAAAUAAUGAAGGAAAUCAGAUUUUCAUCUAUAAAAUUAAAAAGAUAGAAAAAAAUGAGGCCUUUAGAAAAAUUGCUUGUUGGCCUUUAACAAGUUUAAAGAAAAUUGAUUGCCAUUGUGAUGAUCCAGAAUCUUUGACAUUUGAUAUUUACUUUGAAAAAGCUUAUUUAUGGGAAGCAAAUAAUAUUAAUGAAAAGGAAACUUUCUUAACAACUUUAUAUAAAAUGUGUAAAAGGCAUCUUGCCCCACUAGAAAUGAUGCCUGUGUUUCUACAUCCACCUUCCAGUCUUGAAGAUGAUUUAAUAGGAACUCCAAUAAAACCCCAAUCUUUAUCAAAAGAUAAGGAAAUAAAAUCCAGUUCUAAUCUUGCAGAAAAUAGCUUUAAUAAUGGAAUAUCAUAUCAAAUAAUUUCAAAGAAGGAAGAAAAAGAUUUAGAGAAAUUAAUGAAUGAAUUUGAUAAAGACAAGACCUUUGUUGACAUUGAAGCUUUUUCAGAAAAACUCGCAAAAGAGUUGAGUGUUUUGGAUGGUGUCAACAUAUAUUCCCUCAUGGGGUCGGAACUCGAUAUGAGCCAACUCAUGAAAAUUGUAGAUGGCGCGCUAACACAAGUUGAAAUUCUGGAGCACAAGUUAAUGGACUGGGACGAGACGUGCCUCAAUCACGUCCGGGGUCACAUGGACCUCAUGGACGAAAAGGAUAAUGCCAUCCACCUGGUCGAUAAAAACAAAACUGCCCUCAAGCAAGAACUCACCGAAUUGAUUGAAAAUCUAGAUUACCCUUCCCACUUUAAAAAAGUGCUCGCCGAUGAUGAUCUAAACGUAACGGAAAGGAUUAAGGAGUUUAACAGGGCGGCUUAUGAACUUCAAAAAUCGAUAACGUAUUCUCGAUCUAAUAUUGCCUUGAAAAAAAUGAAAGCAGUUCAUGAAAAAUACACCGAAUUUGAGACAUUGCGAAUAAACUUUUCCAAAAAGUUGCUACACCAUCUGAUAUCCAUUUUCAAUAAAGUGAAUAACAAGAUAUUCGCAUCCUUAAAUAUUAAUACCACAACCGCAUAUUCUAAUACAAGCAACCACAACCAAUUGGGUGCUAAGGAUGAAAAGUCUAUUCUAAAUAACAUAGUAACGUUGAGUAAUCUCAAGAGCAAGUCUCUGAAAGAGUCAUGUUCUCCUUUUCGGGAAUUGAUCAAAUGGCUUAAGUUAGCUUCGCCCGAUAUUUACAUAGAACUGAUUAAGGCUUACGUUACUAUAUAUUCCAGCACUUACGAGAGAGAAAUUAAAGAAUUUUUCGAUAAGUGCAAAUCCGUUCUCAUUUCUCACGCGUCCCCCGCCAUUAACUCACUCGCGCCUUCAAAUGUUAACGAAAAUAACCCUCUGCAUAAGCGGUCUCUAACUCUUCACAGCUCAGGUGUCCAUAGUAAAAUGAGCGUUACUCAUAUCGAAAGCGGCCGAUCUGAUAUGAAGAGAGAUAAUUGGCUUAAGGAGAUAGGCUCUCUUAAUCAAUCAAUAAAUUCCACGUUAAAUCACGGUAUCGAUUUUAAAACGUUAUUCGAUAAGGUUAUAUCAAAUAUCACAAACGUUAUAAGAGAAGAACAAGAAUUCGUUAUAUCGCAGUUUGACCUUACCCGCGAAGCGCCUAUAAGCUUGCAAGAAGACAUUCCUACUCAAACUUUUCCUCUCUCAUCAUCCUCGACUCGACAUACCAGCGUCGGUCAAGAAAGAAAAUUACCUCAAAAUCAAUCAAAAAUAUUCGCUAAAUCCAUCAUUUUGAAUUCCACAUUGUCAAGCACGGCCAAUAAUACUAGUUACGAUUCAAAGGACGCUAAGGCUGUCAAUGAGUAUGGCUCCGCUGGUAUUAACAAUGGAAUAGAGGGCGUUAAUUAUUCUAUGCAGCCCUCCGAUUUUGCCUCGGAUAUGACCGAUAAGGAAUUCCUGAUUUUAUUAUUUCCAACGCUCCCUGCCGACAUGGAUUCAUUCUUGAUCAAUAGCGACAGGAUGUCUAAAUUUUAUUCACUCCGCGCAUUAGUCAAGUUGAUGGAUUAUUUUAUCUUGCAAAAUGUCAACGGCAAUAUUUCCAAUUCGUCAUAUAAUGACCUCUCAUCUGCCUACGCCAGGUUGCUGCUAUUGAAUAGUAUGAUAUUAUCGAAGCGACACAUGGAUAAAUUUAUGAACUCUAUCAUCAAAAAUAUGGAGGACCCAAAGAACAUCAGACAAAUCAAUAAAUCAAACUAUGGUGGGGGUGUUCUCAAUUUUGUCACCGAAUUUCCGAAACUAGCCGAUAAUCUAGAAGCUAUUUUUAAGUCGGCCGAUCUGGAUGGUUAUAAUAGCAAGCGGAGAGAAAUGGAUAAAUGGUACACCCUACUGGUUAGAGCUAUGUUCAAUAACGUCAAUAAGAUCGCUUAUGAGCAAGUCAAACUGCCGAGGGAUGUCGUUCUUUUUGAAAAUUAUCACGCCAUAUUCACUGCUCUGUCAUAUCUUAAGAUUCCGGUUUUAGAGAUGGAAAAAAAGGAAGCCAAACAGAAAUACAAAUCGCACAUUCAUUCAUACGUUGAAUCCAUUUUGGGAAAACCGUUAGAAAAAUUGAAUGUAUUUUUUGAAGGUGUCGAAAAUAAGGUGAUGCAAGGGGUCAAAGAAAGCGAGAUAGGUUACCAAAUUGCUUUCAGUAAAACCGAACUUAAAAGGGUGAUUAAAGAAUAUUCCGGCAAAGAAGUGAAGAAGCGGUUAGAAUCAUUGUAUAAAACUGUCGAAAAAUAUAUCGGACAAGAUAAUAGCCUUUUACAAGUUGUUUGGAGAUCCGUUCAAGAAGAAUUCAUAAAACAUUAUAAGAAUUUUGAGACAUUGAUUCAUAAAUGUUAUCCCGAUUCGCAGAUCAGCAUGGAUUUUACCCUGGACGAGCUGCUAAGUUAUUUUUCGGAUAUAGCUCAACAGCAUUAAAAUUACAGAUUUUUUUAUUCAUAUUUAUUUAAUAUUGAUAUAUUUUAUUACAGUUUGGAUUGAUAAUAUUUUCAAUAAAAUUUUAUUUAACCCUAAAAAAAUGUUUGUUUAUAGUAUGAAAAAAUAAUUCACUCUAGAUUUUAAUAAAGU